AUGGCUUCCCCAAUAAACAAAAUUGCAAAGCCAAAAGGGUUUCCACAAGAAAUAAAUGACACGGAACAACAAAUUGCUCAGGCACUUUUCGAUUUGGAGAGUAACGUCCCCGAGCUAAAAAAAGAUUUGAGGCCGUUGCAAUUUUGCUACGCUAAAGAGUUUGAACUUGGUAGUGGCAAAAAAGCUAUUGCUAUCUAUGUUCCCGUUCCGUUACUCAAACAAUUUCACAAAGUUCAACCAAGACUCACUCGUGAACUCGAGAAAAAAUUUUCAGAUCGACACAUUGUGUUCAUCGCACAUCGCCGUAUCUUGCGGAAGCCUGGUCGUAAAUCUCGCGUGAAGCAACCUCGUCCACGAUCUCGCACUCUUACAUCCGUUCAUGAAAAAAUUUUGGAGGACUUGGUAUAUCCUACCGAAAUUGUUGGAAAAAGAACCCGUGUUAAGGUUGACGGAACUAAAAUCUUAAAAGUUCUACAAGAAAAUUACGGGGAAGGAAGUCGUGUUUGA